UAACUCGCAGUUGACCAUAUAGUUUAGAGCUGUGAGUGUUGUACGAAAGGUAUAACUUUAAGAGUGGGAUGUUCCUUACAGCAGUGAUAAGAAUGAGGAAACACCAGCAGCUUUCAUUGAUGUGAAUGUAAGCACCGCUCGAAGCUCUGGACACUCGAGUUAACGUUCGAGUUUUUCCUUCGGUGGUCGAGAGAUCUUCAAUCACAGGGGUGAGGCGAUGGCAGAUUCAUCAGUGAACAACGAACCAGGUGACAAAAGUAACACGGUUAACGUUGCCUUUGUCCUGGUGCCAGUCUUCUUCCUGCUGGGGCUUCUGGGAGUCCUCAUCUGCCAUGUCCUGAAGAGAAAGGGCUACCGCUGUACCACUGAGGCAGAGGAAGUUGAGAAGCUGAAGAAAGAGGAGGAACUAGGGGAGAUGGGUCUAGAAAAAGGAGACCUGAACGACACCUUCAGUGAGGGCAACGCAGACACAGUGGGUCAAAUCGUUCACUACAUCAUGAAAAAUGAAGCCAACACUGAUGCGCUCAAAGCCAUGGUUCAAGACAGUAUAGACUCAGAUGGUGCCCCUGUCACGCCCACCUCUCCAAACUCACCCACCAUCACAGAGAGCCCUGCAACACCCGGCUUGCCCCCCAGCGCAGCCAAACACACCUGUAGCCAUCUGCACACUGUCGGAGGAGUCGGGGGACAAAAGAACAUCUGCAACCGCUGCAACCAGAAAAAAUGGCCUCUCAUGAGACGCUCAUCCAGCAUAAAGAGGGACAGACGCAGUCACAUAGGAGAGGUCACUGUGCUGGCUGUUGGCAGAUUCCGGGUGACAAAGUGUGACCCCAAAAUUGCCCGUGAAAGGCGGACAUUGCUCAUCACUGAGCCCAAUGGGAGUGUACCUGCAUCCGCUGCUACUGCAGACCCCCUUGCAAGCAGUACAGCAGAGCAUCCAUUGACACAGGAAACGGGGGACAAUGUAAAGUGACAUCUGUUAAGUUCCAGCAUCUUCUCAGGCAACAUUUAAAAAAGAAAACUGUAAUCCGGAAGCCUCACUUCCUUAGAAGAAUUUAGUGGGGGAAAACGCCUCAAACUAUUAUAAUAGACAUGAUAGUGGAGGACGAUGAAAAAUAACGUGAACCAUCCUAUCUGUCUUGUGUGACACAUCAAUUGUGGAAUGAGAGUAGAAGCUAUUUUACAUACAUUAACCUGUCAGCAUGCCAACCCACCUUUCUCAAACAUAGUCACAUUUUUAAUCAGUGGUGGAUGGGAUCAUUUGGGCUUGUUAAUGACUACAAGUGUGUCAAUGGUUAAUCCAAGCAGACGCCAUGGUCAGAUCUUCGUAAUGUGCCUCUCAAGGCUACUUCCAGGAAGUAAAAUUCUACCUGUUUUUUUUCUUCUUUUUUAUGUGCAGAGCCAUGAAAUUUCUCACUUUUUACAAUCCUGACAAGACAUUUUUCAUAACCAGCCUUUGUUAAAUAGACCGCGUUUGCUGUCUUUGCUAAAUACAACUUUUCUGAUUUUUUUAUUUUUUAUUAUAAUAUAUCUUUUCUUUUUUUGUGAACCAUCAAUGAAAUUGCAUGUUUAACACAUGUAUUUAUCAACCAAGUGCACCUUAAAUGACUGAAAAUGUACUCUGUGAUAUCUUAAUUGUUUGGGUCAGAAUUGGUAUAGCUUGCAUGUGUUAUCAGCACUCAUAUGCUCACUGAAGUCAAUAGCUAACCUGCUUCCUAUUAAUAUAAUGUAGUAUCUAAUCUUAGAGAAAAAUGUAUGGUACCUCAAAAAAAGAAAGCGUGUCCUUGCUUUAGUGCCAAGCAUAGGCAAAGCACUGGGGAUAUAAGGUUUUAACCAAAACAAAUUUCCAAUAAAUGUAUUUGACAUUUUUAUGUAUUUUUCCUUUAUAUAUAUAUAUAUAUAUAUAUAUUAUCAUUGUUUUGGUAUAGUGCCAUUGUUUUGAUAUAUGUUUUGCUUUAUUUUAAAAUUAGGUUUACAUUAAAUGUUUCAGAGAUUCCACUUUUGUUCUUCAAUGAAAACAUCAAGUGGACAUAUCUGAAUGUCUGUGUGGAUUUCUGGUUUGAGUAGUGUUUUGAAGUGCUGGAAUGAUUGGUUAAAACAGUAGUCACUCACAACCUUGCUGUUCAAAUUUGUAUAAAAAUAGUCCAAUUUGUGAUCACCAAUUUUCGGUUAAGUAAAUUCAACAGGAAUGGAAUAAAUUGAAGUCUGUUAACAGUUGAUGUAAAACUGAAAAACUUGCAAUGGUUUAUAGUGAUGUGUUUAAAAAAAAAACGAGUGUGUGUCUGGAGAAUGUACUGUAAUGCUUUACUGAAACUUUUGAACCCAGAAUUUAUACAUUAAAAAGAUUAAACACA